AACAUGUAUAAGAAAGUUCAUCACUUUUGUUGUUCAUGACGACGUGAGGGUGCGGAAAGUUGGUCCGGGCUAACUUCACUAUAACAAACCAGAUUGAGCUAAAAAUUUAGGUUUAUUAGUUUCAGACAUUGUUCUUUUGAAUGCACACAAAAAACCAAAAAUUUAAAUUUUGACGAGUGCUUCGAAUCUUCAAUGGUGUCAUGGAGGCUCUCUUAAAUAGUUUACUGAUCAUUCAUUUACUUUAGUGAACAUUCAUUUAUUUUACUGAUUUUAUAAUUAUUUUGCUUACUGACCAUUUCAUUUAUUCUACUGACCACUAAAAUGAUAGUCAUAUAAAAGACUCUUACCAUUAAUGAGCAUUAAGUAAUUCGAUACUACAUCACCAGAGAUGUAUCAGACCAGAACGAGAUAUGGAGUUUCUAGUAAAAUAUUCAAUCGGUUUAAGCUAAUUAUCCGAUAGAACUUAUGAAUCAGAACAUAGUUCAAGAGAGGUAAUUCUAAAUAAACCUAGCUAUUGACUAAAUAAAUGAAAAAGACGAGUAUUGAACAAUUAUUAUAUGUUUAAUAUGAAUAGAUUCUGGAAGGAUUUUCCUAGACCAGCUCAAAAAGAAAUGAUCCUGCGUAUCUCUAUAUAUUCUGAACUACGCAACGGUUUGAAACUAUUGCCAUUCGAUCGACCAUGAUGAGUAGUAAAAAUAAUUCUCAUUAUUUCGUGGUUUGCUCAAAAUUAAUUUUUGAGCAGAAAAAUGAAAAUGUUGUUCAAUAUAUUGCUUCUAUGAAGUUCAACAGUCAGUAAAAAAUUAGUACCGUUGAAAACAAUAACGCAUCUUGUAUAUAUCUUAGUUUUCUGGGCUCUGCGACUUCCAUAUCUCAAAUGAAUAAUCUGGAAACAUUGAGUCUAUGAUAACUUUUGCUUUAACUCUUUAGACUGAUUAAUUUUGAAAAUAUGCUCUCUGUAUAUAUGAAUGUAGUUUUAUUUUGAGUUAUUAUUCACGUAGUUGAGAGCUAAGAAAACAUCUAUGCAACGCUUCACAUGUAUUUUUCGUAUUUGGUUAUGGGUGAAAUUUAUUUAGUCAGGCGAACAAUAUAACUUGGCAAUGAUAUUUUUUACAUUAUCCAUAAGGAAAGAAAAAGCUUGAAUAAACCCAUUCAAGUGAACACAAGUGGGAAUGUUUCGAUUGGCUAUGAGCUACCCUAUGUAAUCGGUAAUAUGCAAUUUCAAUAUUCAUAUUUCCAAUAUUGAAAUCACAUUAAGCGACUUUUUUAAUGUCGAUUUCAUUAAAAAAAAGUUUCAAAUAUUGAAAAUUUAUCAUACACUUUUUUUUUAUUUCGAUAGAUAAUUUACCUUUUCUUAAUUUAUAAAAAAAGCUCAGCGAAAUUAUUUUCAUUAUAUUUUCACAGGUUAAAACCGGUGGUCCUAAAAUAACAUCAAGUCGUCAAUCAGGAAAUGAAAAAAUAAUUGUUAAAUUUAAUAUAACAAAUACUGUAAGUGCAGCUGAAUCUGGUCAAGAAACAGAACAAACAAAUGCUGAUACGUCACAACCAUCAGUACAAUUAAAAUUGCGAGUAACGUUUACUGUUGAUAUUAAUCGUGGUAGGCAAACAUUAUCAUUUUUAUGUUCAUAUUUAGCAGAUGAUUAUCCUGCUGUACCUGAACAAUAUCAAGGUGGAGAAAAUUAA